AUGGCUAAUAUAUCCGCUAAUACUCCACCUACCUCUGCUCCACAACGGGACCAAAAUCCAACCCGAGGCAACCGAAGACGAGGUCGUGGCGGCGCGCUUCCGAACCCGCAUACAGAUGGCCAACAGCGCCGUGGAAGGGGCGGCGGCAGAGGCGGAGGAGGGAGAGGUGCACGGGGCGCACGAGGUGUUGUACCGGACGGAAGAGGGCAGACAAGACCACAAGUAGCAGGACAUUCUACGAUCCGACCAGGCCAACCCACCGAUGGUGACUAUGGAGGCGAACCACCCGACUCAGAUCCUCGGAGCGGAGGCACCUCCGGUGAUCGCCUGACCGGAGAUGCCAAACGUGCUGAGGGCGAGGGAGCGGCUGUGACUGCAGCUGCCACGACGGGCGAGGACGCGGAUACCGGCGAAGUGUGCUUUAUCUGUGCGUCGAACAUCGCUCAUACUGCCGUCGCCCCUUGUAACCAUCGAACAUGUCAUAUUUGUGCUUUGCGAUUGAGGGCCUUGUAUAAAACUAAGGCGUGCGCACACUGUCGGACCGAGUGGCCCUCCGUAAUUUUUACCGAUGAUCCAGUGAAAAAAUUCGAGGAUUUCAGAGACGGUGAUUUCAUACGUACAGAUGAUAACUUGGGAAUUAAGUAUGAGACGAACGAUAUUUUCGAAGAUACGGUUUUGCUCCUGCGGUAUAACUGCCCCGAUAGCGAAUGUGAUGUCGCAUGUCUGGGAUGGCCGGAUCUUCAUCGCCAUGUAAAGAGUCAGCAUCAGAAGGUUAUGUGUGAUUUAUGUACUCGAAAUAAGAAGGUGUUUACUCAUGAGCACGAGCUCUUCUCAAUGACCCAACUUCGGAAACAUGAGAGAUAUGGAGAUGAUAACCCUGGCGCUGUUGAUCAAAGCGGCUUCAAAGGCCACCCAGAAUGCGGUUUUUGCCGACAGAGAUUCUACGGGGACGAUGAACUCUACACGCACUGUCGGGAUAAGCACGAGCGAUGCCAUAUAUGUGACCGGCGUAAUGGAAACCGGCAGCAACAGUAUUUCAUCAACUAUAAUUCCCUAGAGGAGCAUUUCAACAAGGACCACUUCCUUUGCCUUGACAAGGAGUGCUUGGAGAAGAAGUUUGUAGUCUUCGAGUCACAAAUGGAUUUAAAAGCUCACCAGCUGGAGUGCCACCCAGCCGGCCUCUCCAAGGAUGCAAGAAGAGAUGCGAGAACAGUCGAUUUAUCUAGUUUCGAUUACAGAACUCCCUACCAGCCACAGAGAGGCGGGAGAGAGGGGCGAGGUGCAGGAAGAGGGCGUGAUCCUAACGCAGAACCUCUCCCUGCAUCCAGCGCUCAACCUUUGAGACGAGACGAGUUGGCUUAUCAAAGACAAAUGGCCAUCCAGAGCGCUCAGUCCGUCACGAGCAGGACAUUUGGCGGUCAGCUCACGCCGAGCGGUGCCCAGACAGUUCGCGUACCGACUCAAUCAACCGCUCCUCCUCCUCCUCCUCCUCCUCCCCCCACUCAAGCAGGUCUUCGUCCUGCUAUGGAAAGCCUAAAUCUUGGCCGCCCAAGUGCGCCCCCCUCAACUCCUCGAGAACACGCCCUCCAAAUUGCACAUGGCGCUGUAAUGGACCGCGCCGUCUCCCUCCUACGCAACGACCCCCUAAAAGUCUCCGAUUUCCGCGAUAAAGUAUCUUCCUACCGCACCGGUGCCAUCAGCGCCGCAUACCUAAUAGAAUCGUUCUUUUCACUCUUCGACACCUCAUCCGGCGAACUAGGCAAGCUCAUAAAGGAGCUCGCCGAGCUCUACGAUGAUGAGUCAAAGCGCAGCGCCCUCCUCAAAGCCUGGAACGACUGGCGCGCCAUCAAUGAAGACUACCCCGCUCUACCCGGGCCCAACGGAGUACUAUCAAGUACCGGUGCAAGUGCCAGCGGCGGUGGAAAGCGCGUGCUACGCCUAAAAUCAUCGACGGCACAAUCUUCGCGCUCAGCGGUUGGACGCAGCGGAGGUCUCGGAGGAAUAUCAAACGGUAGCAGCAGCAACCCAUUCCCGCCCCUUGGUGGACCUCCUGGCGGCAGGAAAGCACGCCCAUCAGCGUCACCCUGGUCAACAGUGACACCCCCGUCACGUUCGGGAGGGAGUUCGCCAGCCCCUUCCCGCCCUUCUCCAUCAGCGGGUCCCAAAACCGCAGCGAUUGCAGCUCCCAUCGCACGAGGCGCUAAUGCGGACGCCUUUCCGGCGCUACCUGCUGCACCGAAGCCCAACACGCUCAUGGCCGGUCUGACGCGCGGCACGGUGCGGUGGGGAGCACCAUCGGCCGCUACGGGCCCAUCGCCGUGGGGGAGGGGAGGGGUUAAUCCUACACCCGCAGAGGCUGGGAACGAAGGAGAAGCAGGGGAUGGCGGCGAAGGAGGGGGCAAGAAGGGGAAAGGGAAAAAAGGGAAGCAGGUGUUGUAUCAUUUUGGGUAG